UAUUGCGUUUACACGGUGUUCGUAAUGGCCUUUUAACAUGCAGAUGGAUUGUACCUCGAGAAUUAUGCAAUAUCUGACGCCGUUAAAGACUGUAUGUUACGUAUUUUCACUGAUAUAGGCGCUCAUCAUGGAGCUCGGGAAUGCGAGUGCGCGUUUAUUAGAAGGAUUGUGAGCGCGAGUGGAAAGUGUUCGAGGCUCUUCUGUACGUGGCAGCGAAAAAUCACUGCAAACAGCUGAGAUAAAGCGAGGGAGACUCUAUCAAACUGAUCCAGUAGAGCUGUUCCUUCAUCACGGCCACUCUUUCCACUCAAACCGAGAGAUUUGCUGAUGUUCUCCAGCUGUUGAAAGCUUCAGGCACAGAUCCUCUUGGGCUGGACAGAGAAAGUUUCUGGAAUUUUCUCGAGUUUUCACUCUCAUGCGCUCCCUUCAGAAACAUUUGAGAGGUUGUGUUGGAUUGCUCUUGAGGCUUUGCUCCACAAUGGCAACAUUUCUGGUGUUAACCCUGUUGACUCUGUCGUCCUUCUCUUCUCCCGUGCAAGCCGAAAUCUUCACGUCAAUCGGCCAAAUGACAGACCUGAUAUUUGCAGAGAGAGAGCUCGUCCAAUCCCUGAAGGAAUACAUUGAAGCAGAAGAGUUGAAACUUGAAGCUGUGAAGAGCUGGGCUAAUAAACUGGAUAUGUUGACACAUGCAUCCACGUCGGACCCUGAAGGCUUCCUGGCUCACCCGGUGAACGCUUACAAGCUGAUGAAGAGACUCAACACUGAGUGGUCUGACUUAGAGAGUCUGGUGCUGCAGGACCCGUCAGAUGGCUUCAUAUCGAACAUGUCUGUGCACAGACAGUAUUUCCCUGAUGAGGAAGACGAGAAGGGAGCAGCCAAAGCACUUUUGCGUCUGCAGGACACGUAUAAACUGGACUCGGAAAGUUUCUCCAAAGGCAAACUCCCAGGGGUGCGCUACAACGCUGAGCUGACCGUGGAUGACUGCUUUGACAUGGGCAAACUGGCCUACAACGAGAAUGACCAUUAUCACUCCGUGCUGUGGAUGCAGCAGGCGCUCAGACAGAUGGACUCGGGAGAAGACGCCAAGACGGCCAAAGCUGAUAUCUUAGAUUAUCUGAGUUACUCCGUCUAUCAGAUGGGUGACCUGCCACGAGCCAUCGAACUCACCCGGCGCUUGGUGGCCAUCGAUCCCAGCCACCAGAGGGCAGGAGCAAACCUGCGCUACUUCGAGCGGCUGCUGUCUAAGGAGCUGAGGGACCGGGGGCGGAGCCAGCAGGAGCCCGCGGACGAGAGGCCCAUUCAGCUGGACACGUAUGAGCGGCCCAAAGACUACCUGCCCGAGAGAGAGGUGUACGAGGCCCUCUGCAGGGGAGAGGGAGUCAAAAUGACUCCAAAGAGGCGUAGCCGACUGUUCUGCCGCUAUCAGGAUGGGAACAAGAACCCGCGUCUGCUGCUCAAGCCCAUGAAGGAGGAGGACGAGUGGGACAGUCCUCAUAUCGUACGCUUUCUGGACGCCCUCUCUGAUGAAGAGAUCGAGAAGAUCAAGGAGCUGGCCAAACCCAAUCUUGCUAGAGCCACAGUCAGAGACCCAAACACAGGUGUUCUGACGGUCGCCCAUUACAGAGUUUCCAAAAGCGCGUGGUUAGAAGGGGAAGAUGAUCCAGUGAUCGCUCGGGUCAAUCAGAGAAUAGAAGAUGUCACUGGAUUAUCUGUAAACACCGCAGAACUUCUACAGGUGGCUAACUAUGGCGUUGGAGGCCAAUAUGAACCACAUUAUGAUUUCUCAAGGCGUCCUUUUGACAGCAACCUCAAGGUUGAUGGAAAUAGACUUGCCACCUAUCUGAACUACAAAGAUGAACCUGAUGCUUUCAAAUCAUUAGGCACUGGAAAUCGUGUGGCUACUUUUUUAAAUUAUAUGAGUGAUGUUGAGGCUGGUGGGGCGACGGUUUUCCCUGAUUUUGGUGCUGCUAUUUGGCCUAGAAAGGGAACGGCUGUGUUCUGGUACAACCUCUUCAGAAGUGGAGAAGGAGACUACAGAACCAGGCAUGCAGCCUGUCCGGUUCUAGUCGGCAGUAAAUGGGUUUCAAACAAAUGGAUCCACGAGAGAGGACAAGAGUUCAGACGCCCGUGUGGCCUGACUGAAGGGGACCGAUCUUGAGCUCGGUUCUGCAAACACAGACACUAUCAGACCCUUCAGACGCAUCAGGAACACACACCAGUUCAGUCAGGACUAGCUGCUGGGGAUAGUGGGUCAUUUCGCUUUUAUUGGAGUGUUUCAUUCCCCCGUUCCUUAACAUUUCUUGGCUGGAGUAUCGUGUCAUGACUUUUUUAUGUAAUGCAUAAAUUAUUGUCCUGUUCUUUAGUGAUUUAUUUUAUAUUCUUAUAUGGUUUGCAAUAAAACAUCUAAAUUUGAA